ACUCCACAGUCGCAAGCUCAGAAAAGGCUUUGGUAGCGGGGCCUGCAAAUCAAGGAUGGACGCGUCGACUGUCACCGAGCGUUUACAGUCCCAGAAAUCCUGGAUCGAAGGAGUGUUCGACAAGAGAGAAUGCAACAAAAUCAUACCCAGUUCAAAAGACCCUCACAGAUGUACUCCAGGCUGCCAAGUUUGCCAGAAUUUAAUCAGGUGUUGCUGUGGCCGAUUGAUCCAAGACCAUCAUGGGAUAGACUAUGCCUGGACUUGCUCGGCUGUCAAGGGUAAUGAAAGUGAACAGUGGUCUGUUGAAAAACAUACAAUGAAAAGCCCGACAGAUACCUUUGGCACUAUUAAUUUCCAAGAUGGAGAACACACCUACCACUCUAAGUACAUUAGAACUUCUUAUGAUACCAAACCGGAUCAUCUAUUACAUUUAAUGUUGAAAGAGUGGAAGAUGGAGUUGCCCAAGCUUGUCAUCUCUGUCCAUGGGGGUCUCCAGAACUUUAAGAUGUCCUCUAAGCUUAAAGAGAUCUUCAGCCAGGGUUUGGUCAAAGCUGCAGAGACAACAGGAGCGUGGAUAAUAACCGAAGGCAUCAACAUGGGAGUGUCCAAGCACGUUGGAGAUGCCCUAAAAGCCCAUUCCUCUAAGUCCUUGAGGAAAAUCUGGACUGUUGGAAUCCCUCCUUGGGGUGUCAUUGAGAACCAGAGAGAUCUCAUUGGAAAAGAUGUGAUGUGCAUGUACCAGACUCUGGGUAACCCCCUCAGCAAGCUCACCACACUCAACUGCAUGCAUGCGCACUUCAUCCUGUCCGAUGAUGGGACUGUGGGCAAGUAUGGAAAUGAAAUGAAGCUCAGGAGGAACCUGGAGAAGCACCUCUCUCUGCAGAAGAUACACAGUCGCUCACGACAAGGCGUGCCUGUGGUGCAGCUGGUGGUGGAAGGAGGUCCUAACGUCAUCCUCAUGGUGUGGGAGACUGUCAAGGACAAAGACCCAGUGGUGGUGUGUGAAGGUACAGGCAGAGCUGCUGACCUCCUGGCCUUUACCCACAAACACUUAGCAGAUGAAGGGAUGCUGCGUCCUCAGGUGAAAGAGGAAAUCAUCUGCAUGAUUCAGAACACUUUCAACUUUAGUCUGAAACAGUCCAAGCACCUUUUUCAYAUUUUAAUGGAGUGUAUGAUGCACAGGGAUUUUAUAACCAUAUUUGAUGCUGAUUCUGAAGAACAGCAAGACCUUGACUUAGCAAUCCUAACAGCUUUGUUCAAGGGCACAAAUUUAUCAACAUUAGAACAAUUAAAUCUAGCAAUGACCUGGGACAGAAUGGACAUUGCYAAGAAACAUAUCCUAAUUUACGGACAACAUUGGAAGCCUGGCACACUAGAACAAGCAAUGUUAGAUGCCUUGGUGAUGGAUCGGGUGGAUUUUGUGAAGCUUUUGAUAGAAAAUGGAGUGAACCUCCAUCGCUUUCUUACGAUCCCCCGACUGGAAGAGCUCUACAAUACGAAACAAGGACCAACUAAUAUGCUGUUGCAUCAUCUUGUCCAAGAUGUAAAACAGCACACCCUUCUUUCAGGCUACAGAAUAACUCUGAUUGACAUCGGAUUGGUGAUAGAAUACCUCAUUGGUGGAGCAUAUCGAAGCAGCUACACUAGGAAAAGUUUCAGAGCCCUCUACAACAACCUCUACAGGAAACACAAGGUCAUAACAGUCAAUGCCUGCUGUCAAAAUGAUCAAAUGGAUUCAGAACCAGGAGAAAAUAACAUCUCAGAAAAGGGGUGCAGCAAGAACUGGCUCACAGUGUCCAAGUUUACCCAGAUAAGUCUAGAACCUUAUAUAUAUCAGAAAAUGAAAACUAAAGGAAUUGAGCAACGUACUGUACAAGUCAGUGAUUAUCUGCAGCAGUAUAAAGAGGAUCUGAGCAAAAACUCUUUAUGGACUUCCAGGAGCAUCAGCCUUACUAGGAGCCCAAUGUUGAGAAGUUCAAAUGGAGYUGACAAGAUCUCAGCCUCCUUAAAAAGCCCUCAAGAGCCUCACCAUCAUUACUCAGCCAUUGAAAGGAAUAAUUUAAUGAGGCUGUCUCAGACCAUACCGUUUACACCCAUCCAACUGUUCGCAGGAGAAGAAGUCACCAUCUAUAGGCUGGAGGAGAGCUCCCCUCUGAAUCUUGAUAAGAGCAUGUCCUCUUGGUCUCAGCAUGGAAGGGCUGCAAUGAUCCAGGUGUUGUCCCAGGAAGAGUUGGAUGGGGGCCUCCGCAAAGCCAUGCGAGUCAUCAGCACAUGGUCUGAGGAUGAUGUUCUCAAACCGGGACAUGUUUUCGUUGUGAAGUCUUUUCUCCCUGAGGUCGUGCAGACUUGGCAUAAAAUCUUCCAGGAGAGUACAGUGCUUCAUCUUUGCCUCAGGGAAAUUCAACAGCAAAGAGCUGCUCAAAAACUAAUCUAUACCUUCAACCAAGUGAAACCUCAAACCAUUCCCUACACACCGAGGUUCUUGGAAGUUUUCUUAAUCUACUGCCACUCAGCCAACCAAUGGUUGACCAUUGAGAAAUACAUGACCGGGGAGUUCCGGAAGUACAACAAUAACAAUGGAGAUGAAAUUGCCCCCAGCAAUACCCUGGAGGAGCUGAUGUUGGCCUUCUCUCACUGGACCUAUGAGUACACCCGGGGAGAGCUGCUGGUUUUAGAUCUGCAAGGUGUUGGAGAAAAUUUGACAGAUCCAUCUGUUAUAAAACCUGAAGAUAAACAAUCAAGAGGAAUGGUGUUUGGACCAGCCAAUUUAGGGGAAGAUGCAAUUAGAAGCUUCAUUGCAAAACAUCGUUGCAACUCCUGUUGCCGGAAGCUCAAACUCCCGGAUUUGAAAAGAAAUGACUAUUCCCCUGGAACAAUAAAUUCCAGCUUUGGAUUUGAGAAGGAAAAAGAACCAACCGAGGGGCCUCCAGCAAGAGAAAGGAGUAGAAAUUCCCUAGAAGAUCAUACACGACUCUAA